AGUCCAAUUCAUCAUGGGGCUGUUUGGAAAAACCCAGGAGAAGCCUCCCAAAGAGCUGGUCAAUGAAUGGUCAUUGAAGAUCGGAAAGGAAAUGAGAAUUGUUGACAGGCAAAUAAGAGAUAUCCAAAGAGAAGAAGAGGACGUAAAGUGGUCUGUGAAAGAUGCAACUAAGAAGGGCCAAAAAGAUGAUUGUGCAGUUCUGGCCAAGCAGAUGAUCAGUUCAAGGAAGGCUGUGAACAAAUAUGCAUCCAAAGCACACAUGAACUCUAUGCUGAUGGGGAUGAAGAACCAGCUUGUGGUUCUAAGAUUAUCUGGUUCCCUACAAAAGAGCACAGAAGUGACGAACGCUGUGCAGAGUCUUGUGAAGAUCCCAGAAAUUCAGGACACUAUGUGUGAGCUGUCCAAAGAGAUGAAGAAGGCUGAAAUCAUAAAGAUGUUAGAGGAUACAUUUGAAAGCAUGGGUGAUCAGGAAGAAAUGGAAGAAGCAGCAGAAGUGGAGAUGGACAGAAUCCUCUUCGAAAUCACAGCAGGAGCCUUGGGCAAAACACCAGAAGCAACUGACACUCUUCCUGAGCCUGAAUAUUCAGGAGCAAUGGCUGCCUCAGAAAAGGGAGAGGAUGCUGAGGAUGAGGAGGAUGAAGAGGACCUGAAGGUCUUGCAAUCCCAGCUGUCCACAUUCCGAAGAUAG